AUGCGGAUGAUGAAAUUGGUAUGGACAUGAAUACCAUAGGACCGACCUGGCCCAGAACUCACUUUGUUCUUCGGCAGCAUUGAACUGCGCAUUUAAUGUGUACGUGAAUGAUGCCUUAUAGUACAGCUCAUCUUAAGGACCGAGAUUGGGCUCUAUAGGCCGGUCAGGAUGAGUGAAGCUACCACGGCACCCGAGCAGGGGCCGUCCAUCGACAAGAUCAAGACACUGCUUGGUGCAAAGGACGACACAUCCCGCUUUGUCGGCCUGGCAUUGCUCAAGUCAGUCCUGGAUAACACGCCGGAGCUAAGGAGCAAUGAGGAAGUCGUUGUUGGCCUGUGGGAGAGCAUCCCUCCAAAGUUCCUCGAUCGGCUGAUCCGCACCGGGUCCAAGCACAAGGCACAGGAUUCCUCGGAAUCGUCGCGCAGGGAUUCCAACGACAUGCUGGAUCUUGCCGUGUCGGUACUGCACACAUUUGCCGCCCUGCUCCCAGAACACGCCAGACAGAACGCUAAAUUGCUCGGCCGGAUACCGCAGCUUGUGGUGUGUCUCCUCUACUGCUCCAAUGACACCAUGCGGUUGGCGCUCGAGACUCUAGUGAGUCUGGUGAGCCAGCCAAGCGGUGCCCAGAUCUUCACGGCCGUGGAGGAUCCGUCUCCCCUGACCGAGAUUGCCUCCUCGCAACCCCUCGCAUUAGACACUUUGUUGUAUGCAUGGCUCAAUGCUAUGACGGCAGCCGCAGACAAGACAGAUCUAAAAUCUAAGAUUGACCGUACCAUUGGGAACCUUGUUUCGUCCUUCAAGGGCACUGAUGCGGUGACAUUGCUUGGCUUCUUAGCAAACUUGCUCCCUCGCCUAGAGCCCGAGGUUCUGCCAUUCAACCCCAGUUGGCUACCAUCAUUAGGCAGGUUCAUCCGCGACCUCGUCGUCAGCCGUCCCACAGCCGCUGGCCGCGCCGCCUUCACCAAUCUCUCCGCUGCGCUCCUCGAGGUCUACCCCUUACAGGCGCCCCAGCUGCUUUUCGCCGAACGGGGCAGCAAAUCAGACAACCCCUUCUCUUACCUCCUCAUCAACCUCAUCCUCGUCGACAUCCGCGCCACCCUCCCCACCCUCCUCGAGCAGCUAAACAGCCCCCAGUAUCCCGAAACCGCCAGGCGGCUCGCCUCAGCCUUCAACGUGGUCUCCCACUUCAUCGGCUAUCUGGUCCGCUCCAUGGACUCAGUCGGUGACAGCAGCCUGCCAUGGGUCAUCUCGCCCGACCUCCUCCUCAAGAUCCGCAAGGCCAUCUCCGAAACCAUGUCCCUGACGACGGAAUAUCUGCGCGACCGGUGGGACGCCUCGGUUGCCGGCGCAAUGGGGCUGCAUCCCGAAGCCCGCGUGGGAACCGCCAACACCGCCGCCGGGUCCCACUUCACGCUGGCCUGGGAUUCCAAGAGCGACAAUGCCGCCGACGACCCGCUCAUCCUGGCCGCCGUCCGCGCCCUGGCCAUCUGGAUCCGGGAAGACGACAACAACCUCCUGCGAAAGGAAGCCGCGGGGCUAUCCGACAUGUUACUCGACCUCUACCAGGAUGGCAGUCAGGGCAACGGCAGCAAACUCGACUUCCGCCGACCGGUGCUGGUCGCUCUCGAGGGGAUCAUCGUCGAGAGAAAGGGUCGCGAGGCAUUCCUCGACAACGGCGGCUGGUCGGCGCUGGCCGACGAUCUGCUGUCCAUCCUCGAGGCUAGCUCCACCGUCAGCGACGAGGCCGACGCCGCGCGGGGCAUCGAGAUCGUCCGGGUGCUGCUGCAGAUUGCCGAGGCGGAGCGGCCGGGGCCGAGGGAGGCGUGGAUGGAUGUCGUCACCCGCGUGGCGGCCUGGUACGUGCCCGAGGCCAAACAGUCGCCUGUUGUCGAGGAGUGUCAGGUGGCGGCGCUGCAGCUGGUCACGGCGCUGUUGGCGAAUGCGCACCCGGGCAUGCAGAAGAGAUAUGUUCAUUCGACGAGCGCGGUGUUGGGGAUUGCGAGUCAGCUGAAGAAGAAGACCUCGGGGGAUAAGGCGUUGGAAGAGGCGCUGGAGGAUGUGCAGGGGACGCUAAGUGGUCUGAGGUGAAUCCAACCUCUGUGCGGACUGCUGUCCCAUAACUCUCCGGGCCACUGUUCAGACGUGGAUCGGCCAGCGUCGAAAGCGGCGGCUUUGCGAGCUGAUUGGCAGAGGAUUGACGCUACCGGACCU